CCCUAGCCUUCUUCUUCAUCACCCAGUCGCGGAGAAGAGAAGAUACAGCAGAGCCGCUGCCCUUUCCGUAGCUAAGCUACUGCAGGAGUUUUCUUCUCCAGAAGAACAAUUUUUGCAGUAGCUAAUAAUACGUUUAAAACUAUAUAUACAUAUAUAUAAGCAAAUAGAAAUAAUGGCUCGUUUUCUCUCUUCCUUUAAGCUCUUUGCUACUUCUGUUUCUGAUGGUCUUUCCCUCUCCGUAUUCAGGAGAGGGUACUCGGCUGCUGCACCACAUGGAGCUUUGACGGCUUCAAGGCCUGGUAUGGUGGGGAAAAUUGAACAAAGGGGUGCUGUGGAUGUGAUGAAAGAAGAGUCAGGGCCUGGGGUUUCUUCUGCUUGGGCACCUGAUCCUGUUACUGGGUAUUAUAGGCCUGAGAAUUGUGCAGCUGAGAUUGAUGCUGCUGAACUCCGGGAGAUGUUGUUGAAUCACAAGGUGAGACCACACUAGAAAAGUUUGCAGCAUGUAAACACAGCAGAGCAGAUCAGUUGCUGAUCUUGAGCUUCAAAGAUUGGGAUUGUACUACUCUUUCUUUUUUGUUUUUUGAAUCUUGAUCAUGUUCAUCAUCAGUAUUGUUGAGUAAGAGUGAUUAGUGUUGUAAUGGUUAACUUUAAGCUAAUGGAGGAGACUAAAUUACCAGUUAUAUAUUUCAAUA